UCUUCUCGGCUCGCACUGACCGACAACGCCACUCCGCAGAGUCCGAUGAUUACAGCUCCCAUGAUAGCUGUGUUGGCCUUCCAAUUUGCGGGCCUCGAAUACCAUCCACCAGAGGGUGACCAAACGUCAAUACACAAAUACCCUCUGUCGACGCAGAACCUAGGAGAAAAUGGAUAUGGGGCAACACAAGGACAAGAGCAGGUAGAGCAAGACUUGGACAGAAGCCAGUGGGUUCAGGAAACCAAUGAAGAGUAUCACGAGCGCAAAGCAGCGGAUCGUGACAGAAUUGCUAAAGAGUUCGCGGACCCUGAUCUGCUACUCGGAUCGCCAUCUCCAUCGGUGGCGCGACAGUCCGCCAAGCUCGCAGCACUCCACGCUCGAUUAUCAUUACCUACACGAUUUCCUCUAGAGACCCUUGCACGCACAUUGGUACAUCCAACAGCAAAUCCUUCAUCAGAAUACAACAAUGAAUCCCUCGCAGUGCUAGGAACAGACCUGUUAGCAUACUAUGCCGCUGAGCACCUCCUCUGCCAUUAUCCUCGAUUGCCUAUGUCUGUGCUAUUCGCGGCUCAAUGGGGUUACGUAGGGCCACACACUCUUUCUGCUAUGGCAUCGGAAUGGGGCAUAGAGCACGCAUAUCCCGGAGACGAGGUUGAACCAGGGCAUCUUAUGUUCAUGUCGGCAGAUCAAUCCCCAGACGCAUUGCGAAUGCAAGAACAAGCGGAAAACCUAGUGCUGAAAGGCACAGCAAAUGUUCUUAAACGUGGAGCAAAUUGGCUCAGUCAGCGUGACCAAUUCGGCGAAAUGCACCCCUCGAAGGAGAUACUAGACCAGAUGGCUGAAGCAACAAAGCAGGAAGGUCUCCGAACAGCAACGGCCAUAGAUGCCAACGCGUCUUUCAUACGGGCUCUGUUUGGCGCAAUCUAUCUCCACUGCGGCCGUAUAGCUACUCAGCGCUUCUUCACCUCUCACUUACUCUCCCGUCAACUCGAUAUAGCCUCCAUCUUCGAAUUCAAGAAGCCCAAAUACGAUCUCUCGAGGCUGUGUGCUCGAGAAGGCUUCGAUCCGCCUGUCGCUCGCCUCAUAUCCGAGACUGGGCGCCUGAGUAGACAUCCUGUCUUUGUUGUCGGCGUAUUCAGUGGGGAAGAUGAGCUAGGACAGGCCGCUGGCGCCAGCCUCGAUGAAGCGCGUACCCGUGCUGCCGUUGCGGCGCUAAAGAGUUGGUAUCUGUACAGUCCGAUGGAAGUCACGAAGCCCAGCAGCGUUGAGGGAGCGGGCAAUAAAAGUAAGUGGAUACCUAAUAUGGUUGACCCGGGCGAGGUCGUCACUUGAUCGAAUAGUGUGCAGGCACUAUAACCUGAGCAAGAGGAAUACAAUGACGAAACCAUGAACGAUCAUCCGCCGUGCGGAUUUCAAAAACUGUCGUUUUGAGAGCGAAUAGUGGAUUCUCAAGUCGUAGCUGUGAAAAGCAGCCACCUGUAUCCACUUAUAUAUACAUAUUGUACAUUAGAAAAUCAGCGGGGCUAUGUAAAUCAUGAUAGAGACUUUCGAAGUCCUUCCAUAUCUAUGUCUACGUAUGGUAAGCUAUUUAUGACUACAAACGCAUGUAACAAGAAGGUGCUAUCAAGUACAUUUACGCCU